GCGGAAGAGCGAAGCCGAUCUGACUAGGAAUGUCGCCGCGGAUAAUGAUAUCCCAGCGGGGGAAGUGGAUAUGGUCAAGCUAGAAGAGGCGUCGGCUGGUGGUCAGCGGGGCAGUGAGGUACCGAGGGAGAAAAACACAGUGUCAGCCGCUGAGGCACGGGAUGUAGAAGCAGCGGAAAAGAAGCCACAAGUACUGUUCGGACGGAAAGUUGCGGAUACACCAGAAGCGGGCACGGUUUCGGCCAAGGAAGGUACUAUGCCUUGAUUUUUGAGAUCCGUCGGCUGCCCGUCUGUCAAAUUCUGCUUUUCUUUGGACUAUGCUUUCUAGUCACUACGAACAAUAAAAACUCUCUCAACAAGGUGUGCAGCUCAACAACGUGCGGGAAACCACUUCAAGCGACCAGUCGAAAGCGUCCGCUUCACCUACCAUGUCCGCGACCACCUUUGACGUCGGCGUUACCGCGGAGAAGAAAUUGAUGUCUUCCAACGUUAUGGCCAACACCCCGUCCCCGACGUUGAAGAUCAUUCCGCAGCAGACCGAGGUCACGGGGCCGACUCUCACCCCCACCACGAAACAGUUUGACACAGAAGCAAAGGCCAAGCCGGUGGAUAAAAUGACGGUGAAGGCAACACCGAACACGGAGUCCGCCACGGUGAAUCUGAACCCCGAUGUGCAGAAGGCAGGAAGCGUGUCUGUAAAGCCGGAAACGAAGAAAUUCCAAAUCGACUCGGUAACUCCAAAUUCGAAGCAAUUGAAAACGGAAGCGACGCCAGACUCGGAAAAGUUCAAGGCCGACGCAACGCCCACGACAAAAACGUAUGCCGCGGAAGCAACGGCGGGGAGUAAGUCCAUGGACGUCCCAGCCGCACCGCGACAAGAGACGUUCGAUUCGAUAAAGCUGAAACCCUAUGCAGUGCAAAUGUAUCGUACUCGUAGUAUUGCAAUACAAAUUCGCUCAGCACGACAAAUGGAAUUUCUCAUGCUGAAUUAGCUUGAACAAGAAAUUUGUCUUGCAUGACUGCGAUUUAUUAGUACAAGUACGAUACUUUUGCACAGGAUAAACCCAAGGAAAAAACCAUGAAGACCGUGAUCACCAGCACGUCGAAAAAAAUCCAGUCGGAAAUCGCCAGCCGGUCCGCGUCCGCGAACUUUCACGUGAAAGCGGCCCCCACGAAAAUUGACAUCCGCAUCGAAAUAUGCAUUGCAAAUAAACUAUCGUACUAGUAGAAAUCGCAUGACAAAUUUUGGCAAGUGGAAAGUUGGAGACUGUCAUGCGGAUUCAGGUAGAAAACGAAAAACCUGAUUUUUCAUGCAUAGUUGCAAUUACUUUUACUACGAGUGCGAUACUUUUGCGAUGCAUACGAGAGAGCGCCAGCGCAGGUGAUGAAACUAAACGCGACGCAGGACGGGAAGCAGGUCACGAACUUCAAUGUGACGAAACCAGGGCAACAAGACCAAGGCCAAACCCAAGGAAGCCAGGCGAACAACGCGACGACCGGAGCUAGUGCAAGCGGAAAUAACCAGACCGCAGCAGGCGGAUCUACUUCUGACGAGCCAAUCGUGGGGGCCGACGGCGAAACCCCGGCGCCGAACAUCCCGAACAUCAUCGUUCCCAACCCCGCACCGAAAGACGUUUCGCUCGACCCCGAGGUUGCGGACGACGGGGCGGCAGCGUUGAAGCCGCCGAUGUAUCCUGAGUAAAAACGUACCCACGCCAGAGUUGUAAUGCAGAUUUGCAAAGACAGGAAGACUUGUAAUGCGCAUCCGCAUGAGAGCCAUUUCCAAUCGUGUUUUGGAAUUUGUGAUGCUGUGAACAGGAUGAGCAGAUGAGUCUGUGACGCGGCUGCACUUGCUAACCUGCACUGCGCUGCGGCGUGCGACUUGUCAUGCGUGACUCACAAACCUCCUAGGUUUGUGUUGCAAAAUCCCCAUCCUGACUCUGGUGUGGGUACGUUUUUACUCAGGAUGCGAUGGAAUACAGGAUCAGUGCCAAAGUGGUAGCGAAGCUGCAGAUUCCGUCGAGCACGACCUGUGGAGCGGUGGUGGACGCGUUGUCGAAGGAUAAAUUGUCCAGCGACAUCAUCAACGCAGGCGAUUUGCGGGAGGAUUCGAAAGUAGAGAUUAUGGGCGCGACCUGUUUGGGCGAGAGUGGUGGUGACGCGGAGGCGGCGCUGCUGGUUGGAAAAAGUAGGGAAUUCUUGGGGACGAGUACUACGAGUGGUUCUUCUGGUGCGAUGAAGAAGGUAAAAGCGGUAAAGAAGAUGGAAGAGGCAUUGAGCAAGCUGGAACAGGUCGACAUCGAGAAAAAUGUAGGAGCUGCUGUUGAUGUAGUAGUCCCGACCGCGCCGGUCAAGACUGGAGAUGAAGGUACAAAAAACGCCGAAAGAGGAACAACAACAAACAGUGGCACGACGGACGAUGAAAGCACGAAGCUGAACGAAUUAGCCCGGGUUUUUUCCUCCGGAGAAGAAUCAACAACAGAAAUAACGAGGCAACAGGAAGAAGUGAAGAAGCUCCAGGCCGCUUCCGUCGAGUUCAACAUGGAGCUGAAAUCCCUCGGAGCCUCCCCCGCCGAUGCCGGCCCGAAGAUUCUGCUUUCCCAAUUUACCGACGCGAUCAAGACCGGGUUAGCGGAUUCCCCCGAGAUCGCCGCGACGGGGGCGACUUUGGAUGAGAAGGACAUUGAGGCGACCCCGAAGAUCGCGCAGCAGAAGAUUGGCGCGAGUAGCUACCUGGCCUACACGUAUUCUUUCGCGGACCGGAACGGGAAUUGCGAAAACCCGUCGACCCAGAUGACCAUCCCCGGCCUGGCGAGUCAGUUGUCACACUGCUUGUCCGCCUCCAACGCGUUGAACGGAAAGUUUCUGCGCGUGGAACGGGACCACCUAUACCCAGCGGGGUGUUACAUGUACCAGCCCGUCGUGCAGGUUGGUCAAGGGCAUCUGUUCAUGUACCUAAACUUACAGCCGAAGGACAUCCAGUCCUCCGCCGCCCGGCCGGAACGGGCGCGGCUGGUGUGCCAAGAGCAGCGCGACGUCACGAACUUCAAUGCGGCCUCCGUCCCGCCGCUGCCCUUCUUCGACCCGUGCACCAUCGUUUACCCAAUGGGAAAGGACAGCGGAGCGAAGGUCUUGGGGCUCACGGAAACGUGUGCAAGGAAAAAGGUAUUGGAUAUAGCUACGAGCUGGUGGAUAAUUUGCGUUGGCUCGUUACUCCUUUUCAGAACUCGCUGAUCAUGAGUUCGUUGUAGUGUUGCAACGAACAGGAAAAUCAAAAGUGCAGCAUCCGAAAAUAUCAAAAAACCAAAGCUUUCUACCACAGGCUACCGACCCCUCCUACGAGUCCCCCGACGGCUUGCUGCCAAACACCAACGAAAAUCCGCCGGACCGAAUCAUCGGCGCCACGGUCUCCGAGGAUUUCUACCACAGUGAACGAGGCCUCUGUCGCGCGAUCAACGGUGCACCCCUGGCCUACCGACAGAUCCCGAUUCUCACGUCGGACAAAACCGCCACGUGUAACAGCAACGCCGGGUGUUUGGACUUCCAGGGAGACGCGGACGCGGCGACCAAGGUGGAUGACACGUUCGCGCGGAGGACUUGCUCGGCGGACAAGAACUGCGUCGGGUACGUGGCGAGACCUGGAGGUUUGUUCCCGGUGCCGGAGAAGGAAAAACCGGAGAACCAGGCGGCGAUCUUCUUCUUCUUUGGCGGAAAAAGGGACGAGACUUUGAUCAUGGGUGGCGGGGACGUGUUCUCCUUUUUCUCGGACAGCGAUAAGGAGAGCGGGUCGCGGAAAACCUGGCUGCACAACUUCCGCUCGGCCUACGCUUCAAAAGUGUGGCCCCACCCCGAGCCGGAGUGCAGGAUUCGGGCGUCGCCGGUCGUGGCGCCACCCGUGACCGCGGCACCGUAGCCAGAAACGCGGAUGUGUUUGGCGGUGGGAACAGAAAGGAUGGGUGAGGAUGAUGUCGGUUUUAGUUUUAAUGCAGCCAUUUUUUGUGGAGUAAGUUGCCAAAGCCAACGGAGAACGAGAAAUGGAAUAGGCAAGGUUAUGGACCAGGAGACUUUUUUUCACAAAGUUCAGGUAGGAUUGCUUUACGUUUCAAAAUACCCAAAAGCAUAUCAAAAACAUUUUGGUUUAGGUCAUAUGGCUCUCAGCAACGCACCAAGUGCGAAAAACACGCUAGCCGCUCUUCCGUGUCUAUGUUUCUAUGAUCACAAUAAGAAGAAGCAGGACCUGUUUCACCAAGAAUGUACCUGAAGACAUCGAACUACAGACAAUGAUGUAAUAACUCAGCAGCUCACGACAAUGAAUACGACAACCAAGAACUCGAUCUCAAGGAAACGCUGC